AUGGAUAUGAGUGAAGUCCAAUCAAGGCUCCUAUCGCAAUCAGUUGAGCCGUCUGACAACUCGAGUGAUGUUCUCCUUUUCGAUGCUUCCAGAAAUAGCCGUAGAAGCAAGAAGAAACAUCCGACUGUAAAGCGGGCCGAGGAGCUGCUAAGAAUGUGCAACCUGAAAUUCGAGCCGGGCACUUUCGGCGUGGGUGAGGUAGCCAAGGCUGUCAUCUGCUUCGACAUCGCCUGCCACCUGAUGGGCAGCACAGCAGUGGAUGCGCGCAAGGCAGCCAAGCUGAGCGGCAUGUCUCCACCUGCAUACGCCCGGGCACGAGCAGCCAUUCAGAACGCUCUAGGCGUCAGGUCGCAGUUGAGCCUGCCCCAGUUGGCCCUUCAGUUUGGGUGCAUGCGGGUGCUGGAGUCCACCCAACGCAACCUGCAUGUCUUCACCGCGCGCUUCACUGCCGCCCUCCCAGAGGCACGGAGGGGCGGCACUGACUUCUCCCGGCCGGCAUACCUGGCAGCAGCGCUCAUGCUCACAGCCACACGCAACCAGUUGAAGAUGGAUGUGGACAGGCUGCUGGAAGCAAAGCAUGUGGGCAAGGACGAGUUUCAGCAGGUGGUGGCGUGCAUGGAGGCCCACUGCGCUGACCUAUUUGGGUCGUCCCACAGCUGCCCCACACCCAGCAAGGCACAGGAGCACUCUUUGCCACGCCAGCACCCACCAGUACAACAUCAACUGCAGCAUCAACACGGCCGCCAGCAGCAGCAGCAGCAACCGCAGCAGCGGAACCAGCAGCAGCGCAAUGACGUGCACCGAAGCUUAAGUAGCUCCUUCCGUGAGCCAACAUUGCGAGCCUCACGUGAUGCAGCGACAGUAGAAGGUGCCGGGAGAGCUGAAGGCGUAGCAAGAGGAGAAGGAACGCGUGGGGCAGCUGAACGGGAUGAAUCACUGCCAGUCAGGCACGCCCAGAGGGAACAGUGCACAUCUCAUGCUGACGUGGCACACCUGCACAGAAAGCAGCACCAGCAGCAUGUCCCUGCCGCUGACGUGGCAGAGCAACAGCGGAGCACUACAUCAGCUGAAAUGGCACCACAGCAACAGGCUGUUGCCAGCAACAGCAACAGCACCAUGCCAGUGCCCCAAGCCAAGCUCACACUCCUAAAGAGACCCUCAGGCCAUUCAGGGAAGCUGUGUCAGGCCAAGCUGCUCUUCAAGCGCGUCAAGACUGCAGCUGCCUAG